UCGCCAUUUGCACAGCAAGGUGCGUACGAAAUAAUUAGGUCAACAAAGCUGACAAAUAAUUUCUUUUCAUGGACAAGAUUUUCAUCUAACCGCCUAAGGUGGUGUCUUGUCAUAGUCAUUCACUAUGACGGAGGACUACUAUACGAUCCAGACACAGGACCAUGCCUCCACCAUGCUGUCCGACAUGUUUACUCUCCAGAAGCAGGGGGUCAUGUGUGAUGUCAUACUGUCAGCUGAGGAUGGAGAGGUGAUGGCCCACAAGGUGGUGUUGAUGGCAGCAAGCAAGUACUUCAGAGAAAAGCUUUCACCUGUGGUUAGUCAAAGGGCGGCCAAGAUUUGUUUGAAAGGCAUUUCCGUGGUUGAGCUCGCAAAUCUGGUCAAAUACAUCUACACAGGCAAACUGCUAGUUGCCAAGGAGACCAUGGAUAUAACUCUAGAAAUAUCAGAGAUUUUGGAACUGAAUGGAGUCAUUCAAGGAUACAAUGAGAUUGUUUCUUAUGAAACUAUGAAAGAGAAAGAAGCGAGUCAAACUACAGAAGCUGGUCAGGCAAUUACUCCGGAGAAAAAAGAUGAGGCUAUAAAGGAAGCAUUGUCUAAACCAAUUAGUGGGGAAGAUGGACAUCUUUCACAAGCAACAUCUGUUGCAUCAGAAAUUCAGAAUUCAGGUUUGAAGUUGCCAGUCAUAACCUCAAGUCCAAGCAAACCUGUAACAACAAAAACUAUUGAAGCAACUCAGACAGUAGCAAGCGAGUAUAACUUUGAGGUUAAUCCGUAUGAAGAACAGUAUGUUGAUGUAACUGUUGGGUCUAAAACACCAACAAAAGAUUCGAACCAAACACAGAGUAUUCCUAUUGUUACUCCACCAAGAUUACAACAAAUGGUGGAUAUCCCAACUGAAGGGCCAAAUAUUACUGCAGAAGAGGCCCAACAUCAAGAUUUACUAGCUGUAGCAAUAGAAUCUCUGACUGAUGGUUCAAAUAUGAUUAAUCGUCAGAAACAGGGUCCGGAAAUUGAGAGAGCUGUUUCAAGUAUAACGCCAAAAACUGCUCCAGAGAACGUAGUAAUAGAAAAAGUCAAUGUUGAUGUUGAAGUAGGAAAGUCUGAAGAUUUUAUUAAUGGUAAAACUUGUACUAAAACUUUGACCAUGAAUGCUGGUAAGGUGAACAAUGAGUAUGGAGGUCAAACAGAGGUCUACACUGUAUCCCUGGAUCCAUCAACAUUGAAAUCCCCUAUAAUAAUGCCAAGAAAGAUGAAAAAACGUACAUCAAAAGAAAAAAAGGCAGAGGAGGCUGCAAGGACAUACAGAAAGAAGAAAAACGAGCUUCUACAAACCCAGUAUCCCAUUAUUCCUAUUGGUACAGUAUUUGAUGACGCAGAAGGUCAACAGCAGAUUCCAAUCGAGUCAGAGCAGCAGGAUUUUCGGUUUGCCAGCCUUUCCAAAUUAAGGAAGAAAAACCAGAUUUCUGAAAACUCUAUUGCAACCAACUUGAAUCUUGAAUGUGAUGAAAUAAUAGCAGGAAGAGAUUCUUUCAUUCUAUCCAAUGACACUGCAGAACUUGUGGUGGAGCAGGAGAGUGUAGUUUCCUCAACCUCAGAUAUAGCAAAUGCUGAAGGAAUCGAUGAAGCAACAAGAAUUAUCAAAUCAGAAACAGAUGAUCACACACCAUCAAAGAGUGAACAAGGCUCUCCAAAAACACCAUUGAAAGAUGAUGAAAAAUCCAGCGCCACUAAGAGAAAAACCCGCACUCCGAAAAAAAUUGCCCUGUCAGAUGCUGAGACGGAUAGUUCCGACGAUAAAAGGCGGAAAACCAACAUUGAAGGAAAAGUCUCGAUGCCAAUGAAAGAUGAUGGAAAAAUAAUCUGUAUAAUUGAUGAUGAAGAAAGCAAUGUCAAAGGGUCUAAAACUAAGUUUUCAGCUAAAGAAACUGUUCCACAGGUUUUGCAACCUAAAGUUAGAUUGAAGAGGCAUACCGAUAGUGAAGUAGAUGAACUUGUUAAAAAGGUGAAAAAACAGGGACAAAGUCCCAAAGGUAAAGUUGGACAAGAGGACAUGAAUGAAAAACAGAAUGCGGAAAUACAAGUAGAUAUUGAAUCAUCUAAAGUUACUGAAGGAUCCAAAGAAGUUGAGGAUGAGGAUCCUUUUAAUGAAGUUAUGAAAAAUAUGAAUGUAGAGCUACAUAAAGCAGGGAGAAUGAGUAAAAGGCAGAGGAAAGCUGUUAAGAGACCUGAUUUUGAAUAUGAUCAACAAGUUGCAAAGAAAUCUAAAGUCACAGAAUAUGCAUGUCAGCAUGAUGGAUGUAAAGCUUUGUUCAAGAGUGUAGGUGAGUUGAUGGAACAUCAGAAGACUUGCUCUAAUAAAGGUGCAAAAAAUCUGUUUAAACUUAUGAAAAAUGAGGCCAAAGAUGAAGUGCCAGCAUCACCUAGUAAGACAAUAGAAGCUUUUCAAACAAAGCUAGUAGAACUACCAAUCAUUAUUACGCAUAGAAAUAUAAGGCCUGAAGAAAAGCAGUCAGGUGAUGAACAAAGUGGUAGCGAAGACAAACUGGUAACAGAUGUUGGAGAGGAACCUGUUGAUAAGAUAUUGCCUCCGAAAGAGGAAACAAGAAGCCCAAGUCCAGCUUCUGGUGCACAGAAAUCUGAUGCUUGGUCACAGUAUGGGGAAUCUCCACUGACAGAUAAGGAUCUCUAUAGGUGUAACUAUUCGAACUGUCAAACGUUAGCUGACAAUCUGGGCUGUUUGAAGCUCCAUUAUGCCAAGUUCCACAAGAAGCGCUGGGACAGCGGUGAUGAGAUCAUGUUUCAAAAGAAACUGAAGAAGCUUGAUGAACUACAGGGAGCAAUUUCUUCUGACCCCGCUGGUUCUCACAUCAGGACAGAAGUGCUGUACAAGUGUGUGGCAUGUAACAUGACCAGUAUAGAUGUGAAAGAGCUUGACAUCCACCUCGCAGAUGAACAUGAAGGUGCACAAGUAAAGUGUCGAAAAUGUUCGGAGGAGUUUUCCUCAUUUUCCGAGAGGAUAAUUCACGAGAAUAAUAAUCAUUCUGGAUCAUGGACAGAUUUCAAGUGUGAUUUGUGUAGCUCGGUCUUUGAUACUUAUACAAAACUCCUCAAUCACAGAGUCAAGAAACACGAUGAGGAGGUGCCAACGAGUAUUUUGCCGUUAAAAUGUUCUCACUGUCCGAACAUUGAUAUUAAAGACUAUGAGGCAUUGACGAAACACCUUGAAGAAGUGCACGACUUUGUGAUUCUCAAAAGAAAUAUGCCGGAUAAAACUAACAAUGGAAACUCAUCUAGCGUCAACAAAACUGGCAGAACACGAAAGCGGAUUUCUCUUAAUAAACUGCCGACUGAAGAAUUCACUCAUGAACUUCUUCGGCGACAUCAGGAAUAUUUAAAGAAACCAGAGAAAAAAUACAAAUUCAUGUCAUCAGUUUUAGCAAAGAACACGCUCAUGCCCUCGUUUCCACAGGCUUCACCCAGCAUUCGUAACACAACAGCAAACAAGCUGUACAAUAUGCCCAAGUUCAGUCCGAAGUACACCCCUAUUACAGAUUUUCCUGGUCUUGGUCAACUAUCAGGGCAACUAUCAGGGCCAUGGGUUCCCAGAGUUGGUAGUGAAGUUGUUGUUGAACAACAUCAUUGCCAUCAUGGUGAAGUGGUUAUUGAAAAUGUAGCCGGGGAUCCUAGGGUGGGCUCAACCAUUUUGAAACUCGUAAGCGGACAGGAGGAAGGUGAGGAGCAGAUGAUAAUGAUUACAACCAAUGGAAUACAGUCUGUCGUGAGAUCAAAGGAUUUCUAUCAGACCUUGUUGGAGUCAGGCAACGAGUCCGCUCAGACAUUGAAGGUGAUUUCGACGCUACUGGAAGCGGGAGAAGAGAUUGAAAUACGGGAAGAAGGGGAACAAGUGGAGAUUCAGAACAUCUAAGUUGUACUUAAUAUGAGUGUUGUGAUCAUGCAAUUCUAAAACAAUCAUUAAGACCCUUGUAAAUAACAGGAUUUAGUUCAGCUAGACACAACGCUGUACAAGACAACACAACGAUCAAGGCCUUACUCAAACUGUGAGCAGAGUUUGUAGACUUUAAACGAAAAUUAUUUUUAAGAUUAUCAUGAAGUAAUUGUACAAUCCAGCUAAAACAAGAAAUUUGGCAAAAUUAAGUUACAUUUGUAGCUGCAUAAAUGUUGGUUUGAACUUGCUUGGCUCGAAUUUCCCGUUUGGUCGAACUGGAUGUAAAGGACCGAUUUCUAUAUACUGAAGGUUCUUUCACUGGUUCCUAGGACUUUAAGCCAACAGGGUUUGAGUGUAAAAUAUUUCAACUCCUUAUCCAUCAGUUCUCUGGUAAGAUUUCAGAUGAGCCAUACAUGACAUUGUGUUUUUCAAGCUCAUGAUAAAACCUUAAAGGCCUGAAUUUUGAAUAUUUUUCUAAACAUGAAUGAAGCUAUCGUAUAAAAUGGCAUCUGAAUACAAAUAAAAAAUUAUGAUGAAAGAAUACAUGUAUUUGUACACUCAAUGUGCAAACUUUAAAAUUAUUAUAACUGUUCAAUUGUAUCAGCUGGCACAACGGUAGAUCUAAAUGUUUAAAAGUAAGGUAUAUAUUAAAUAUAACCCAGGGGGGCUAAUGUUUGUAUGUAAGAUAAAUGUUUAACAGUUAUUAUCUUAUCUUGUUCUGUUUGCAGCCCUUUUGUUUGUCAUGAUGGGUUAACAUACUGUUUGAUUGUGAUGUCGUUAAAUAUAUGAGAAUGUAAAUAGAUGCAGGUUUAAAACAAGUGAAAAUCAUGUGUUCAAAAUGUUAAGAUAAAAAUAUUUGCGUUGUUGUUUUCUACUGAAUUAUGUUUUAUUAAAUUUUGUGUUCAUUCUUGGUAGAAUUGAGUGAAUGAUAAUGGUUUGGAAAACUUGUGUGUAUUGUUCACGCAUAUACAAUGUACAUGUAUAACUCAUAAUGCUGAGCAUAAAUAGAGGUUCAAGUGACACUCUUAUUCAAAUCAAUACAUACAAUUUGAGAGAUAAACUACUUUACUUGAUAAUGGAUUUAUGAAAAAUAUUAAUUACUGUUAACAAGAUUGUAAAUGUGUAUUUAAUAGCUGAAAACACAAAAAUAUUAAAUGAUUGGUGAAUGCUAAAAGAUUUACUGUGAUCAACUAUAGUCUCAUAAGGUAGAAAUACUGUGUAUUUUACUCAUAUCUUUCAAAUUCACCUUGAUAUCCUUCAUAAGAACCAUUGUUUUCGACAUAAAUUCAUUCUUUUAGGAAUAUUAUAACAAUAGUAUUAAUUGUGGUAAAUCUUAUGUGGGAAUAAGAGUGCAUCUUUAAAAUGAAAGGAUGCUUUGCUGAUGUCCUGUUUCAUGUUCAGUUUGGUGCGUGAACACAUACUCGUCAAGAUCACGUAGCUGUCGAGACUGAUGCUUGUUUUCCAGACAAGGUUGUACAGUCAUCAUGAAAGUAUUCUUUUGUAAGAUUCCAUUUGUUAAAUGCCUCUUGAUUAGUUCCAUAUUUUAACACAAUGUUCAUAGUUUUAAUUGACGAAACUGUGCUUAGCUUUUACUCCAUAAAAUUAGAUAUUAUA